UGGUAAACUGAUAACAAAUUUGACCAAUUAAUUUUUUUAGUUUUGAUUUUUGAAUUUUAAAGACUUUUUCCUUUACUAAGGGAAUUUUGAAUCAUUAUUCGUGAUAUGAGUAUUCUCUAUUUAUUCCCAAGGUGUUGAAAUUCUCUUAUUUUUUCAGCUCACAUUUAGCAUUUUGUUACUCGCUAUGGAACUGGACGAUUCUCUUCAUUUUUCCGUCGACACUACUCCUACAGCAAGAAAUGAGAUAGACGUGCCGAGAUACAGCGUUAAACGAAAAAGUACCGAACUUCAAAAACUCGAAGAUUCUGCUCCAAAACCCAAACAAUUCCAAGGUAACUCCAAUAAUUGUUGGAAUUGCGGUCGUAAUACUCAUUCGAUUAGAGAAUGCGACGUUCAAAAUAAUCCUUACACUUUGGAAUGGAAUCGAGAAAUUCUCAUGUUGAAGAAGGCGUUUCAUAUGAAAAAAUAUCAAAAACAAUCAGGCCGAUAUCACGAUACCGAUAAAUUAUCCGAACAGCAUAACUGCUACAUACCUGGACCGAUCUCUCAUCGUUUGAGACAAAUAACGGGAAUAUCAGGAAACGAUCUACCGUCUUAUGUUUAUCGUCUUAGAACUCACGGAUAUCCGGCUGCAUGGCUAAGAUAUGCUACCGUAAAACCCAGUGGAAUGAAUUUGUACGAUAAAGAUGGAAAAGAGGUGGCUGAUCCUAACGCUGAAGAUGGAGAAAUACUAGAAGAAGAAGAUAAAAUCAGAUAUGAUCUCGGAAAAAUAGUAAAAUUUCCGGGAUUCAAUGCACCGAUGCCAACUGAUUGUGCUGACAAUUACAAACUCUUUAAUGCUCCUCCAUACGACCCGGAUCAAAGUGUCGAACGUAUGAUAGCUGAUUUAAAAGCAAAAGCUGUCACUGAAUACGCAUUGAAGAAGAAUUCGAGAAAGGCUGCUGCUGUCGAUGAAAACAUCGCGUCCUCAACACCAUUAGAAACUCCUAGUGCUUCCACAUCGUCAGAAAAAUUGACAUCUCCGGUACCUUCGGAAAAUCUCGCUUCUACCGUAUCAACCCCCGGUGUAGAUAUUUCAUCGAACGAUGCUUCUCAAGAUUCACUUCCGGAAUCAACAAACGCAACGCCCACUGGUGGAAAGAGUAGUCUUGGAAGAAUAUUAUCCAGUGCUGAAGGUACUCCAUUGCUUCGAAGCAAAUCCGGUCACACUAGAUUACCACCGGCUGAAAAUUUCUCGAAAGAUAUUUGCGAUGUAAUCAAUUUUGAAAAUUUACCAGAAUCUACUGGGAAAUUCGAACGAAUGAGAGGAUUAUUGAAAAAAGUCAAAAAAGUAUUAGGAUUGCAGAAGAGUAAUAAUUCGUGACUUUUAUUCAUCAUCGACGAUUUUAUAUCAUUACUGUUUGUUUCCAUCUAUUUUAUUGAGAAACAUUAUUUGAUUUUGUUUCAAUAACAAAUUUUAAUUUAAUUUUUUUGUUUUUUUAAUAAAAGAUUUGAAUUACGUCAA